AUGUCUUCUUCACUCGUCAAGAUCCAAGACCUACACCUCCUCCCCAAAGAUCUCCACAAUCUUUCAAUCAGAGAUCUGAGUGGAAAGGUGAGUGAAGAAGAAGAGAAUCAGCCUGUAGGAUUUGGUAAACAUGGAGGAAUAUGCGCAAUUUGCUUAGACGUGAUAGUGCUACAAGAAACUGCGCUUGUAAAAGGUUGCGAGCAUGCUUACUGUAUAACAUGUAUCCUUCAUUGGGCCACAUACAGUAAGAAAGUUACCUGCCCUCAGUGCAAACAUCCAUUUGAGUUCCUCGCUGUUCAUCGCACUCUUGAUGGAAGUAUUCAAGAUUACAUGUUCGAUGAAAGUGUUUGCCUCCUACUUCGGGCCAAGUGGUUCAAGCCUUUAUCUGUUGAAGAUCGGGCUGUUGUUGAAGAAGAUAUCUAUGCAGAGAUAGAAGACUAUUAUUAUCAGUAUGAAGAAGCUGACGAUGAUCUAGACGACGACGAGGCUUACUAUGGUGCUUCAGCAAAUGUCCGUCUUGGCAACCGUAGAUGGGGAGACAACGGUUUUGUAAGGGCUGGGCGUCAAGAAGCUCGGCCAGUCCAUCGACCAAGCUUCCAUGAUUCAGGAGCGAGUUCAUCGCGCGAGCCAAAGAAGAAAGAGCAAGAGUCUCCAAAAGUUAUGACAGGAAGACGGGCAAAGAGGGCACUGAAAAGGGAAGCUGCUAAUAAGGCAGCUGAAGUGAAGCACCAGAAGCAUCUGGAUAGGUUGGGUAGGAACUAG